ACAAGCUGCCACAACUACUACCACAGCUAACUAGGGGACAUAACUGGAUGUCAGGAUACUGGACGUGAGAGUAGGAGCGCUGCUGGUGCCACUGGUUUAAUCCGACUUGACUCCUUUUUCUAUGACCAGUUUCAAUCAAGGAUAAUUGCCUCUGUAAAGGAAACGUGUUGAUGCGUCAACAUGCCGACUGGAUCAGUAAAACUGCAGAGCAUUAAGAAACUGGGACAGGAGAACCACAGCUAUGAGGUUUCAGAUGAUGAACCAGCCGGCUCCUAUAUGACCAUGGCUUCCAAGGAGGAUGUGAAAGCUCAGGGAAAAGAAGAGCAACCGGCGAUACGAGUCGGCUUCUUCCAGCUGUUCCGCUUUGCCACGUGCAACGAGACGCUGAUGAUGGUGGUGGGCAGCGUGUGCGCGGUGCUGCACGGCUCGGCCCAGCCGCUCAUGCUGCUGGUGUUCGGCCUGCUCACCGACACCUUCAUCGAGUACGACAUCGAGCUCAACGAGCUGAGCGACGACAGGAAGGAGUGCGUCAACAACACUAUCCAGUGGAGGAGGAACUACACCGGCGGCCUCAUCACCAUGCACAACCAGUCGGGCUGGAGCGUCAUGAACAAUUCAACAUGGGAGAUGCUGAAGGGCAGGCCGUGUGGGAUUCUUGACAUCGAAUAUGAAAUGACUCUAUUUGCCUUCUAUUAUGUUGGAAUCGGAGCGGCUGUGUUCUUGCUGGGAUACUUCCAGAUCUCCCUGUGGGUGACGGCCGCUGCCCGGCAGAUCCAGCUCAUCAGGAAGAGGUACUUCAGCAAAGUGAUGAGGAUGGAGAUCGGCUGGUUCGACUGCACCUCCGUGGGCGAGCUCAACACCCGCAUGUCGGAUGAUAUCAACAAGAUCAACGACGCCAUCGCGGAUCAAGUCGCCAUUUUCUUGCAGCGCUUCACCACCUUCGUCUGCGGCUUCUGCAUCGGCUUCGUGAAAGGAUGGAAGUUAACGCUGGUGAUCGUCGCAGCGAGUCCGCUCAUCGGUGUCGGAGCCGGUCUCAUGGCUCUGUUCGUGGCUAAGCUAACAGGGAUGGAGCUGCAGGCCUACGCUAAAGCUGGAGCCGUAGCCGACGAAGUGCUCUCCUCCAUCAGGACUGUGGCUGCUUUUGGUGGAGAGACAAAAGAGGUGCAAAGGUACGACAGGAACCUGAUCUCAGCUCAGCGCUGGGGCAUCAGGAAGGGUCUGAUCAUGGGCUUUUUCACCGGAUACAUGUGGCUGAUCAUCUUCCUGUGCUACGGUCUGGCCUUCUGGUACGGCUCCAGUCUGGUGGUGGACACUGGGGAGUACACGCCGGGAACACUGCUGCAGGUGUUUUUUGGUGUUCUGAUCGCGGCCAUGAAUCUGGGGCAGGCGUCUCCGUGUCUGGAGGCGUUCGCUGCGGGCCGCGGCGCCGCCACCAUCAUCUUUGAGACCAUUGACAGAGAGCCGGAGAUCGACUGUCUGUCCGAGGCUGGAUAUAAACUCGACAGGGUGAAAGGAGAUAUUGAGUUUCACAAUGUGACCUUCUACUACCCAUCCAGACCUGAGGUCAAGAUCCUGGACCAGCUCAGCGUCGCCGUGAAGUCCGGGGAGACCACGGCCUUCGUCGGUCCGAGCGGGGCCGGGAAGAGUACGGCUGUUCAACUCAUCCAGCGCUUCUACGACCCCAAGGAGGGCAUGGUGACCCUGGACGGCCAUGACAUCAGAGGGCUGAACAUCCAGUGGCUGCGCUCUCUGAUUGGCAUUGUGGAGCAGGAGCCCGUGCUGUUCGCCACCACCAUCGCCGAGAACAUACGCUACGGUCGCCCCGGCGUCUCCAUGGAGGACAUCGUCACCGCCGCCAAGGAGGCCAACGCCUACAACUUCAUCAUGGACAUGCCGCAGAAAUUCGACACCUUGGUGGGGGAAGGUGGAGGUCAGAUGAGCGGAGGCCAGAAGCAGCGUAUCGCCAUUGCUCGAGCGCUGGUCAGGAAUCCUCGUAUCCUGCUGCUGGACAUGGCGACCUCCGCCCUCGACAACGAGAGCGAGGCUGUAGUCCAGGAGGCCUUGGAUAAAGUACGCAUGGGUCGCACCACCAUCUCCAUCGCUCACCGGCUGUCCACCAUAAAGAACGCCGACGUGAUCGUGGGCUUUGAGCACGGCCGGGCCGUGGAGAGGGGCAAACACGGCGAGCUGCUGGAGAGGAAGGGGGUCUACUUCACCCUCGUGACCCUGCAGAGUCAAGGAGACAAGGCCCUGAACGAGAAGGCUCGACAAAUGGCUGACAGCGAGGACGAGCCGCAGGGACUGAGUCUGUCCAGAGCGGGCAGCUACAGAGCCAGUUUAAGAGCGUCGAUCCGCCAGCGGUCCCGCUCCCAGCUGUCCAACCUGAUCCCAGAGUCCUCGGUUCCCAUUGUCGGAGAGCUCGGCCCCAGAGCCUACGCCGUUUCACAGGCCGACAAAUCCAAGGACGCCAUCCCAGAGGAGGAGGAGGAGGAACAUGUGGAACCCGCCCCCGUCGCCAGGAUCCUGAAGUACAACACGCCCGAGUGGCCCUACAUGCUCUUCGGAUCCUUCGGAGCGGCAAUAAACGGAGGAGUCAACCCCGUCUACUCUCUGCUGUUCAGCCAGAUCUUAGCCACGUUCUCGGUAACAGACCCCGUGGCUCAGAGGAAGGAGAUUGAUAGCAUCUGCCUGUUCUUUGUCAUGGUCGGCGUGGUCUCUUUCUUCACCCAGAUGCUGCAGGGUUACGCUUUCUCGAAGUCUGGAGAGCUGCUGACCCGAAGGUUGCGGCGGCUGGGCUUUCACGCCAUGCUGGGCCAAGAGAUCGGCUGGUUUGAUGAUCACAGGAACAGCCCUGGAGCUCUGACCACACGCCUGGCGACUGAUGCCUCGCAAGUUCAAGGGGCCACGGGCUCGCAGAUCGGCAUGAUCGUCAACUCCCUGACCAACAUCGGCGUGGCCGUCCUCAUGUCCUUCUACUUCAGCUGGAAGCUCACGAUGCUCAUCCUGUGCUUCCUGCCGUUCAUCGCUCUGUCAGGCGGCUUCCAGGCCAAGAUGCUGACGGGCUUCGCGAAGCAGGACAAGGCGGCGAUGGAGGCCGCCGGACGGAUUUCUGGCGAGGCCCUGAACAACAUCCGCACCAUCGCGGGUCUGGGGAAGGAGAGGAGUUUCGUGGACAAGUACGAAGCCCAGCUCGACGCUCCGUACCAGGCGGCCCUGAAGAAAGCCAACGUGUACGGAGCGUGCUACGGCUUCGCCCAGUGCGUCGUCUUCCUGACCAACUCCGCCUCCUACAGGUUUGGAGGUUACCUGGUGCGACAGGAGGGGCUUCACUUCAGCCUGGUGUUCAGGGUCAUCUCAGCCAUCGUCACCAGCGGCACAGCCCUCGGCAGAGCCUCCUCCUACACCCCCGACUACGCCAAGGCCAAGAUUUCAGCCGCACGUUUCUUCCAGCUGCUGGACCGCGUGCCUCAGAUCAGCGUCUACAGCGCCAAGGGAGACAAAUGGGAUAACUUCCAAGGGAACCUCGAGUUCAUCGACUGCAAGUUCACCUACCCCACCAGGCCAGACAUCCAGGUCCUGAAUGGGCUGAAUGUGUCGGUGAAGCCCGGCCAGACGCUGGCCUUCGUGGGCAGCAGCGGCUGUGGGAAGAGCACCAGCGUGCAGCUGCUGGAGAGGUUUUACGAUCCCGACCACGGCCGAGUGCUGAUUGAUGGCCAUGACUCGACUCGUGUCAACGUGCCCUUCCUGCGUUCCAAGAUUGGCAUCGUGUCCCAGGAGCCCGUCCUGUUCGACUGCAGCAUCGCCGAGAACAUCAAGUACGGCGACAACUCCCGGGAAAUCAGCAUGAAUGAGGUCAUCGCCGCCGCCAAGCAAGCCCAGCUUCACAGCUUCGUCAUGUCGCUUCCUGAGAAAUACGACACCAACGUGGGCGCUCAGGGGUCUCAGCUGUCUCGAGGUCAGAAGCAGCGCAUCGCCAUCGCCAGGGCCAUCAUCCGUGACCCCAAGAUCCUGCUCCUGGACGAGGCCACCUCGGCGCUGGACACCGAGAGCGAGAAGACCGUGCAGGAAGCCCUGGACAGAGCCAGAGAGGGCCGGACCUGCAUCGUCAUCGCCCAUCGCCUGUCCACCAUCCAGAACUCUGACAUCAUCGCCGUCAUGUCCAGGGGCUUCGUGGUCGAGAAGGGGACGCACGACCAGCUCAUGGCGCUGAAGGGAGCCUACUACAAGCUGGUCACCACGGGAGCGCCAAUCAGCUAACUGCCGAUUAGCAAGGCAGCCGAGCUGGAAGCAGGCUUUUACUUUUUACUUUAAAUCACAAAGAGAGACACACCAGGUCACCCUGACAGUAUUUAUUCUUGAGAAGGGAUUCGGGUCGUGAAGAGACGGGUUUCUUUGGGAGUCUCACGUCGUGUUUUGGGAUAUAUAUUUUAAGGUCAAUGUCCCUCUGUUACUUUGGCAGUUGUUAAUCUCUUGGACGCUGGGUCUCCACCUGCUAGUGUGUCUGAAAAAUGCCAAAAAUAUUCAGAGCACAUAACUCACACUUGAUCCACAGUUAUUCUAAUACUGCCACUACAAUCCUCCACAACACACAGGUCCAGGUGUCAGUGGUGAUGUGCACAUUAACUUCCUUAUUCUGAUUUAAUGUUUCUUUACACUGGAGAUAUUGUACUUUUUACAUCAGAACAUACUUACUAUGCAGAUUACAAUUUUAUCAUAUUUAUUAUUUGUUAUAAAUUGCAGUAAAAUGCCAUUUACACAUGAAUGCAUCUGUAAUAAUGAUGGCGUAUUAUGAUACAACACUCAUGGGGCCAUUUUUCUGCAUAAUAAUUAGUUUUACUUUUGGUAUUCUGAGUACAUUUUUGUAAUUAUUAAUACUUUUGACUGUGUAUUCAAGUAUCUAAGUACUUCUUCCACCACUGCGACCAACAAUAACCAGCAACAAUAACCUGAACGUUGUGAGUUCAUGUCCAAAUACAACACAGUGAUGGCAGCACCUCCACACACACAGAUAGAAAUAGAGGAAAUCUCCUACUUACAGCGACGGGACUGAUGCUGCAUAACUGACAUUUCUUCCUUUCUUCAAGGAAUAGUUCAAGAUUUUUGGGGAAACUUUUUGCUUUCCUGCUGAGAGUUAGAUGAGAAGAUGGAUGCCACUCUCUUGUCUGUAAACUAAAACCUGAAGCUGGGACCAGCAGGUGGCUAGCUUAGCUUGGUGGCUGUCUCCAAAGAUGAAAGAGUUUCCCCACCAGCACCUCUAAAGCUCAAUAUUUAACACAUGAAAGAACAUAAUGCCCAUAAAACCACAAAUUAGCCUUAUCAGCCUUUAGGCUAACAUAAACUAAGCUAAUCACCUAUUAGCUGUAGCCUCAUAUUUAGCAUGUAGUUAUGAGAGUGGUAUCAAUCUUCUCAUCUACUUCAAUUUGCAUUUGUUUUUCACUGUUGUUACUGUUACUGUAUGGAUGGUCCUACUUUUAUUUUUUAUUCUUUAUGUGGAAAUGAAAUCUGAAACCUAACAGGCAUGUGGGAACUGUUGGUAACUACUGGAAAUAUGUCACACAACCGACUACCUGCAAAAACCACAAGUCUAUUGUGGUGUUUGCAAUCCAGGUUGCUUUUGAAAUUGUGUUUUCAUUUUAAUUCUACAUUUUUAAUGAAUUGAAUUAUGUUGUAGACUAAUUAAAUCAAAUUUUUUAUUGUUUACUUUAAAUAACUAUAAAAACCUAUCAUUAAAAGUUAGACGUGAUGUCCUUUAGCAUUAUUCUGUUCUGUUUGAAAAGGUUCUGCUCGGCCUCACAGGUGUUCUCAGUUAAACUAAUUAGGCCUCUCCUCAGGCUGAAGGUGGGCAAAGCUAUGCUGGUAAUUAAGGCCCAAUCUGACAUUUGAUAACCUAUUGUCAUGCACACAUGAUAAAAUUAGAGGUUAUAUUGUAUCUUGGUACGAAUGUGCGAUUGUGUACCCAAGAAAAAACUGUGUUUUUGAAGAGAGAAAGAGAAAUGUGUCUGGAGUGAGAUUUUAUUUAUUCAAUUAUUAAUUUUGAGCCAUGAAUGCAGUGGGUGCAGUGUCAUUGUCUACAACUUCAUAUUUGUCAAUGUUGUGUGAAGGUUUAUCUUUUAUAAAAUAGACUUGUUAGUCAACUAAUCAACCAAAUAAGUGAAAUCACCUGUGUGUUAGUACCAUGGGUUUGCAGCAACUUAACGACCUUGAAAAUCCUAACUAGUGUUAAAAUUCAAGGAUAAUUAGACAUGCUGAAAAACACUGACUGCUUCACUGUUGGGAAAAUAAACACUAAGCAAAUUUUGAA